CGCCUGCGCCGUUGUUGCAGGCUACGCGGUUUGAGCAACCUGCGUAAGUCCUAGAUAAUACAAAAACCGUAGCCCGUAAUGUAAUGGAGGGCGGAUAUACGGAAAGGCACUUCAAUAUCCAAACCUACCUCACCGAACCGCAAGGAAAGUUAAAAGAAUGGAAAACAUCCAAGAACGCAACAUAGAAAACGAACUGACGACAUCGUAUCUCACUUACGCGAUGAGCGUCAAUACGAACCGUGCGAUACCUGAUGUCCGCGAUGGUCUCAAACCGAGUACCCGUCGGAUUAUUUACGCGAUGGGACAGAUAAAUCUCACUGCAAGCCGACCUUAUGACAAAUGCGCUGCUGUUGUUGGGGAGGUGAUGAAGAACUAUCAUCCACACGGUGAUGGGCCCAUUUACGGUACUCUUGUUGGUUUAGCGCAACCGUUUAACAUACGCUAUCCGAUAGUAGACGGACAGGGAAACUUCGGGAGUAUUGACGACGAUCCACCGGGGGCGAUGCGCUAUACGGAAUGCCGCCUUACUGUUAUUGCCAGUGAGAUGCUCACUGACAUUGAAAAGCAGGUGGUUGAUUUCCAGCCCAAUUACAAAGAUUCUCUUGAAGAGCCGACAGUCCUUCCCGGGCUACUACCGAAUUUGCUCGUCAAUGGCACAACAGGGAUAGGUGUUGGUUAUCUUACCCGCAUACCGCCGCACAACCUCGCUGAGGUUGUUGACGCACUACUUCAUAAACUCACGGAUCCAGAUGCCACUUCAGAAACUCUUAUGGAACACAUCCCUGGCCCCGACUUCCCUACCUCAGGUAUUAUUGUCGGUACCAGUGGUAUAGAGCAGAUGUAUACCACCGGUAGAGGAAGCAUCACUGUCCGAGCCAAAGCGGUCAUAGAAAGAGUUUCCAUACGCGGGUCGGAACGAGAACAGAUCAUCAUAACGGAAAUUCCGUAU